GGAGCACUUAAUCAUCAGUUUUUUAAUUUACUUUUAUCCCGAACUGACAAGGGUAAAGAGAAGGGAAAGCACACGCAACUUUGCUGAAUCCUGUGAACUAUCAGCUGUGGAAAUCGUCGAAUUCACUCAUGAAAUUGUAGCGCAACUAUUGAUAACCGUGCAAAAACUUCAAAGUUUUGAUGAUUGAAUAAAUGCAAGAUUCGAGUAAUCUCAUUAUCGUAUUCGGAUGGGUAGAGGGAUAAUGAAGAAUUGGUGGAGUCGGUCAGUGAAGAUCGCAGCACUCUGGUCAAUCUGCGCCCUUACAUUCUUCUGUUUAUUCCAGAUGGCUCUACGCAAUUCUUCUUCAGCUCAACGGGUUGCUGAUUCUAGUCGCCCCACAAUCUCAACGGGUUCUUCUAUUGCAAAUGCUGAGCAACGAUCAAUACUAUAUACACAAUUGGCAAAAGAGCUGGACGAGAAAGGAGCAGUUUUUCUCAAACAAGGACAAACUUCUCAGUCAUUGUCCCUAUCUGAUCUUUUUAUUCUAAAGGAUGGAACUCUGGCGCCCAUGCUUAAGGUCGCGGAUCCUCCGGUCCGAGCAAAUGUAUUGCAUUUAAGUACCGAGUUCUCCGUUCCAAUCUCGGAGGCCGUAAAGAACAUUCUUUUGCCAUACUUCGGAGAAGCAAUCUGGUUUCAGAACUCGAGUAUGUACCACUUUAGCAUGUUCCAUGCUUCACAUCACAUAGCUCCUGUCCCUGCCUCAGAACUCCAGAUCGAAGCUGAAGCCCGUGCUGUAAAAGAUGUUUCAAAGUCCAUCUGCCCAAUGAAUAUUUUCCUAGAUAGGGUUGUUUUGACCUCAACUGGCGUGUUACUAGGUUGUUGGCAGGUUGUCUCUGGUGCAGAUCCCGUGACUAUUCGUGCUAAACUGAAAUCUGCUCUUCCUCACGCUCCACAAAAGCAGCUCUAUAAUGAGGCGAUGCUUCAUACUUCAUUUUGCAAGACUCCUUGGCCCCCUCUUUCCUUGCAGGAGGAAAAGAAAAUGUCGGAUCUCCAAAUCUUUCACGAACUUGUAAGCAGACUAAACCGCAAGAUUGCUGGACUGAAGGCCACAGUUUCGGAGCUCUGGUACGUCGAAGAGUACGAUUUGCUUGCGCUUGCCUUGAAUGGAAAAAUGAAGAUUCGCAAGUUCAACUUUGGUUGCUCAGAAGCCUAACUCUCAUGGUUAAACACUAAGUAAUAUUUUUGGUUUAUUUUUCUGUUUUUUUUGUCACAUAUAUACAAGGAUCACUGUAAGAGAAUAUAUAUAGAGAGAGCUAAUGUACAAAAAUAUACUAAUGAAUUAACUAAUGUGUCUAUUGCUCAGAUAAA